AUGCGGAGCCUGGAUGCGGAUCGUUGCUCCAUCUUCUUCGUGGAUGAGAUGCGGAAAGAGGUUUGGUGUGUGGGCUCUUUGGACAUGGAGCCCUUUUGCAUGGACUGGGACAAGGGCAUUGUGGGGAUGGUGGCCAAUGAGGGACAAGUCGUGAAUCUGCCAGGCCCGGCAAGCCGAGACGAGGGUCUCGGCAGCCUAGCAGAGCUGCGAGGCAUGCUACAGAGUGAUACAGAGUGCUGCGAAUUGGUGCAGCACCGAUGA